UCAGAUCCUCUGAUUUUCUUCUCCACGCAGGUCGUGUUCUUCACACACGCACUUUCGUUUGUUUCUUUAUAAUAACAGAGUUCCACACACGCACAGAGAGAGACAGAGAGAGAAAUGCAAUCGGUGACGCUUAACCCAUCAUACAGCAGGACAGGUCAAGUCCUUGAAGUUUCUUGUUCAUGCUCCUUGACAAACUUGCAUCCUAGCUCCUUUAAGGGUUGGAAUCUCUGUAGUAAUCGAAUUUCUCUUAUAGGGAGAAAUUUGUUGGAGCUUAAGGGAGCGUCUCGUUGCCUACGCGUUCGCACUUCUAGGCGCACCGAUGGACAAGCCAUCAAAGCUGUUGCUACACCAGAUUCAGCAGUGGGAUUGCCACUCACCGCUGAAAAUGUUGACAGUGUAUUAGACGAAGUGCGACCAUAUCUCAUGGCAGAUGGUGGCAAUGUAGUAUUGCAUGAGAUCGAUGGCAAUGUUGUCAAAUUGAAGCUACAAGGAGCAUGUGGGUCCUGUCCCAGUUCUGUGAUGACAAUGAAGAUGGGUAUAGAACGCCGUCUGAUGGAAAAGAUUCCUGAGAUAGUUGCAGUUGAACCAGUUACAGAUGAGGAAACGGGCCUUGAGCUAAAUGAAGAAAACAUAGAAAAGGUCCUUGAAGAAAUAAGGCCAUUCCUUGCAGGAACAGGGGGUGGAGGUCUUGAGCUAGUUGCAAUUGAAGAGCCCAUUGUGAAAAUUCGAAUCAUGGGGCCAGCAGCAGGUGUCAUGACCGUUCGUGUGGCAGUAACACAAAAAUUGCGGGAAAAAAUCCCUGCCAUUGCAGCAGUUCAGCUUCUGUAAUAUUAGCACUUCCUGCUAAGUAUAGUGCAUACUGAAAUCUUGUACAAAUCGCUUCUCAUAUUUGGUUA